AUGGAGCCAUAUAUACCACGUCUUUGUCUAGAGCUGUACCAUUCGAGGAAUUUGCGUCAUCAUCCUUUCGUUCCAUUUGUUCUUUCAUUAAACAAGCUAUUACAUCACCUCGAUUUUUACUUGAACUACUUCGAUUUCUUGGCGCAGGUUGUUUCGCUCCGGGUUGCUGUAGCUAACAAUGGUGCAACGCGCCUGCACAUUCUUCGAGUUUGGGAUGGGCAUGAAUCUAUCAAGAGGCAAGAUUAUGAUGCUAGCUGGAUUAUAUCGUUAAAUGUGGAAAACUAUGUCAUCCCCUCUGCUGAUCAGUUCACGAGCAUUCCUAAAUCCUACUUCUUUGAUAUAAUUCUAUAUGGUGAGUGGAUACGGCGAGCUGCAUCUUUGAAGAGUGGUGCUAUUGUCGUCCUUCGAAAUCUUCACUUCUACCUUCGUGCAGGUUAUAGUUGUCCUGUGCUAGUCUUGCAUGAAGGAGACAAGUUCGGACGCGGUAUCAUAGAAAUCACGCCUGAGAUCGCUUCUAACCAUUAUCGAUGUGUUAAGCUCAACAGCGAUCUGAACGAGGUUUUGAAAGACCAUCAAGGAGUGCCAACAAUUACAGUAGACGAGAAUUUAGUCGAAAUUGAGAGCGAUGAUUCAGUGCAAAUUAUUGAAGACGAGGAUUCGGUGGAAGUUGUCGAGUUGACAUCCCAUCGGGAGCUGAGCAUAUGUGCAGAUGUGACAGAGCAGCUGCGAGAAGAUCCAGAGAAGCAUUCCCCAGUGCUUUUAUCGCAAAACGGAAGCAGAACUUAUGAAACAUCGAAGCGAAAAAGUACCGGCAUUAAUCAUGGGCAAGAAAAUAUAUCACCUGAGAGAUUUGCGGCUCUGGCAGAGAUUUUCUAUAGGCGACAUCACUAGGAGUUUGUUAUGUACAUAUGCUCUUUUGGUUGCUUGUAAUAUUAUCUGAUCUGCUCGGGUACUGACUGUAAUCUCGGAGAACUACUUCAUUGGCCUUCCUUCAGUUUCGUAACUCUAAACUACUAUCCCCUAUUAAUGAUGUUUCAUUUGACUAAUGGGUUGUAGGAGUAAAAAUCCGAACGUUUUUUUUUUGUUGUGAAGUUCUGACAUAAUGGAUUCUG